AUGGACAUAGACUUGGCAUUAAGGAUGCCAAAACCAAAUGCUCUCACUACACAAAGUACUCCUGAGGAAACUGUGUACUUUGAAAAGUGGGAUCGUUCUAACAGGCUAAGUCUUAUGAUCAUGAGGCGUGGGAUUCCAGAAGUUUUUCGGGGUGCAAUACCAGAGGAUGUUACCGUUGCCAGUGAAUUUCUUUUAGAAAUUCAAAAGCGUUUUGCUAAAAACGAUAAGGCUGAAACAAGCACGCUUUUAGCAAGCUUGAUUUCAAUAAAGUAUAAAGGCAAGGGUAAUGUUCGCGAGUACAUCAUGGAAAUGUCUCAUCUUGCUUCAAAACUUAAGGCACUAAAGCUCGACCUAUCUGAUGAUUUGCUCGUGCAUUUAGUUCUCAUCUCUCUUCCUACACAAUUUAACCAAUUUAAGGUCAGUUAUAACUGCCAGAAGGAGAAAUGGACUCUCAAUGAGCUCAUUUCAUUUUGUGUGCAAGAGGAAGAGAGAUUGAAGCAAGAAAGGACUGAAAGUGCUCAUCUAGCAAGCACCUCCAAGCAUACGGGCAAAAGAGCGCAUAAGGGAAAGGAAGUUGCUAUUCCUCAGGGUCCGGAACCAAAGAAACAGAAAACGCAGGAUGGUUGUUUCUUUUGUGGCAAGCCCGGACACAGAAAGAAGGAUUGUGCCAAAUACGCCGCCUGGCGUAUAAAGAAAGGUCCAUUUCAUGUUUUGGGUUGCCUGAACUACCGAAAGCCAACAGAUGCUGAAAGAUACAUCUUUGUGGGUGAUGGCAAGUCGAUAGAAGUGCAGUUUAGUAUGUCUAUUAAUUCCAAUGUUGUUGGUACUGGUUUACUUAAUGUGUUUGAUAAUCUAUAUUUGCUCGAAACUAUUGCAUCUUAUAAUGCAAUCUUGCACGUGAAAUCACGAGGUACAAAGCGUAAAUUAACUAAGGAAAAUUCAGCCUUGUUAUGGCACAAACGCCUAGGUCACAUCUCUAAAUCUAGAGUUGAGCGCCUUGUGUCUGAUGGAAUUUUGGACUCUCUUGAUAUUUCAGAUUUUGAUGUCUGUGUUGAGUGUAUCAAGGGAAAACAGACCAAAAUAAAGAAAUAUGGUGCCCAUAGGACUACAGAUGUCUUAGAAUUAAUUCAUACGGACAUUUGUGGCCCAUUCCCUAUGGCGUCUUGGAAUGGUCAACAUUAUUUUAUCACAUUCAUAGACGACUAUUCCAGAUAUGGGUAUCUAUUUCUUAUCCAUGAGAAAUCACAGUCUUUGGACGUAUUCAAAAAAUUUAAGGCCGAAGUUGAGUUACAACUCAACAAACGUAUUGAAAGUGUCAGGUCUGACCGUGGUGGUGAAUACUAUGGCAGAUAUGAUGGAUCAGGUGAACAACGUCCAGGACCGUUUGCAAAAGUCCCUGGGGGUGGCUUAGUGGAUAGGGCUAGGCUCUAA